AGAGAGAGCUAUAAAACUCCUGUCAGAUAAAAUGCCGGGCUUUAGCGGCUUCUGAAGGACUGCAGUUUAACUCCACUAGGCUCAGCUAAAAUAAGAUAAGCUAAGCUAACUCUGUGUGUGCCUUACUGUCAGCAGCAGCAGCUCCUGGUGUGUAACCCCGGCUGAUUUCCCUCCUUCAUCAUGAAAUCCUCUAAGGAAGCUGUUCAUGCCGCCGCCAAGGAGUUCCUGGGUUUUGUGAAUCGUGGAGUUUCGCCGUAUCACGUGGUGGAAGAGUGCAAAUCACGUCUUUUAAAAGCUGGCUUCACAGAGCUGAAGGAGUCUGAGCAUUGGGACAUCAAACCAUCUAACAAGUACUUUGUGACCCGGAACUACUCCACCAUCAUCGCUUUUGCAGUGGGUGGCUUGUACAAACCGGGCAAUGGAUUUUCCAUGAUUGGAGCCCAUACAGACAGCCCAUGCCUGAGGGUGAAGCCUCGCUCUAAGAAGACGAGGUUGGGCUGUCUGCAGGUCGGUGUGGAGUGUUACGGCGGUGGAAUCUGGAACACCUGGUUUGACCGGGAUCUGACUGUUGCGGGUCGUGUCAUGGUCAAGAGUGGAGAUAAGCUGCUGCAUCGCCUGGUGCAUGUCCAACGGCCCAUCCUCAGGAUUCCUCACCUGGCCAUUCACCUGCAGAGAGACAUUAACGACUCCUUCGGCCCAAACAAGGAGAACCACCUAGUGCCUUUCCUUGCCACUGCAGUUCAGGAAGAGUUGGAGACUGGCUCAGCUGCUUCUGGUGAUGCGUGUAAUGCAGCAACCACACCAGAGAAGCACCACCCGGCUCUGAUCCGGCUGCUGUGUGGGGAGCUGGGGGUGGAGCCUGACACUCUGCUGGACUUUGAGCUGUGUCUGGCAGACACGCAGCCUGGGGCUUUAGGAGGUCUUUAUGAAGAGUUUAUCUUCUCUCCUCGUCUGGACAAUCUUCACAGCUGCUAUUGUGCUAUGACGGCUCUGAUAGACUCCAGCACAUCUACCUCUUUGGCUGCAGAUCCAAAUAUCCGUGUGAUUACUCUGUAUGACAACGAGGAGGUGGGGUCAGAGAGUGCUCAGGGUGCUCAGUCUAACCUAACUGAGCUGAUUCUGCGUCGCCUGGCGUCCACACCUACCAAUCUCACUGCCUUCCAGGAGUCCAUGCCCUUAUCCUUCAUGAUCAGUGCAGACAUGGCUCACGCCGUGCACCCCAACUACCAAGAGAAACAUGAGGAGAAUCACAGACCAGCUUUCCAUAAGGGUCCGGUCAUAAAGUUUAACAGUAACCAGCGAUAUGCCACGACUGCAGUGACUGCCUGUGUGCUGAGAGAGAUUGCAAGGAGAGCGGAAGUGCCUCUUCAGGAUGUGAUGGUUCGAAAUGACAGUCCUUGUGGAACAACCAUUGGGCCUAUUCUAGCAGCUAGACUGGGAAUUCCGGUGCUGGAUAUUGGUGCACCCCAGCUGGCCAUGCACUCUAUUAGAGAGAUGUGCUGCACCUCUGGUGUCCUCCAGACCACCAAUCUCUUUAAGGGUUUCUUUGAACACUUUCCAUCUGUGAGGAGCAUACUAGUGGUGGACUAGUGUGGUUCUUUGUUCCAGCACAGUGGGAGAGAUGGCAGAACAUCCCAGUAUUCAACUCUUGAAAAUCAAUUCAACCUCACUUCUCCUCUUCUCAUCCCAGUUCUUUGUACUUGUCUUAAUAAUCACAGCAGUGUAAUGGAGUAGGCCUGUUUAAUAGCUGUACUCCUGUAACUGCACUGUACGCUCUGUCCCUUUUUUUCAGUGGAAUUGUCAAGCACACAAUAAACAUUUAACAUACA